UGUUUGUCUGCCGUUGACUGUUUUUGUCCUACUGAGUUUUUAUAAAAUAUGUUUGUAACCAAUGUGUACAAGUUUGACAGUUAGUAGAGUUUUUACACUAUUAAGUUGUUAAAGUUUACACUUCAUAUUCAAAGUUCUGAUUUAUCGCACGUUUAGUUUCGUUGAACAUAGACAUGACUUUGAAAUUGUGGAUUUCUACAAUUAUAGUCGUUUAAAAAUGCUGAUAAAAUCAACAGUAGAAUCAAGUUAAAUAAUCAAGAAAAAUGAACGGCAAUAGCAAAAAACGCAAUAGCAGUUUCCGAAGACUAUUUCCUAUAUUAUUCUCUAAUAAAUCAAAAGAAAAACAUUCUAAUAAGGACUCUGCUAAUCUGAAGGGCCAGAAUGAUAGUUCAUGUAAUAGUAACAAAUAUCAGAAUCCUCGAAUGAUGAUUACUAAUACAGCAAAGUAUGUAGAUAAUCAAGAUAACAACGAUUGUAUAUACGAGGAUCUCGCAGUGACCCAACAGCAACAUACAUGUGAUAACGACUCGCAGCGCAUUAACGUGCUAAGCAAUAAUUCAUCAAGCAGCACUCUAGUUUCAGAAAAUGUAAUAAACAAAUUACUGUAUUCAAAUACGGAUUCAGAAAUAAUAAACUUCAGAAAAAAGGAAUACGGAAGUUAUGCAGCUAGACCUCAAGUGCCUCGUAAACCACAUAACGAAGUGGCAGAUGCAUCGAUAAAAGAUUAUGUACCCGGGAAUUCUCAAUAUCCUGAUGUUUAUUAUCAUUCAUUAGAAAAAUUGGCCGAUAAAAUAUCUCAUCUCGAUGAGAUUGAGAUAUGCAGAGCAUCUAGACUACAAACAGAUCCGACUCCAGUUGGUGCAGAAAUCAAAAGGGUCAGCACAAAAUUUCUUAUAUCUCCAAAAAAACAAGCCGAGGUGCGGACUAUUCAACCCAUAAGAGCAAGAAGCUUAUCUUUUGAUAAACAUCCCGAUAAGUUACAAGAUGACAAAAGUGACAAGACCACUUCAAAUGCAGUGAAUGUCAAGAAACCUUACAAUUAUUCUGCUCCUACUUCUCCAAUACCGAUAAAUCAUAAAAUUCCUAAUAUGCCUAAAACGGUGUCUCCAUAUGAACAAUUAAGAAAAACUAUGAUUGAAGCUGAAGAAAAAAGAAACUCAUUAAGUCGAUAUAGUAUCCGUAAUAAUUCAUCGCCUUCGCCUAGACCACAGGAUCGUAAUGAAGUAUUGAAGACAUCUUCGGCAUCGCAUGUGGACAUUACAAACAUGGACGACGUUGUUGAAAAGGAAAAAGCUCGUCAAAAAGUUGAGGCAUUUUAUUGGCAAAAAUUGAAAGAACAAAAGCAAAAAGAAGACGAACUUUUAAUGAGGCAAUCAGUUCAAUUAUCUAGGAGUUCUGCGAGAUAUAAUAUGCCCUAUUCACAUUACAGCUCACCGAAAUCUCUAAUUAUAGAAUCCAAAAGUCGCAGCCUGCCUCGCGGACAAGUAUUCAACAGUUUUUAUUCAAAUCAGCCAAUUUAUUCGCUGUCUCCAUUCAUUCGAAGAGCGCCCGAGAGGCGUACGGAUACAUUUAUACGGCACCGAACUUCACCCAUCGAGCAAGAUAUCAUCUAUAGACACCCGGAAAAACUAAAUUUACUGUCCAAUUCGCCGGUCAUUACGUCACAAAAUAGUAAACAAACUGCUAUUUUCCAUAGAGGUUCUUCGAAUCAAGAACCUAAGAAUAAUAACGUGAAUCAACAACAACUGAAAAGGGUUAGUUUUGAGGAGCAUUAUUUAUCAAAAAGUGGUGUUGAUGACAAGAGUGACAUUGUUAAAAGUGAUGGUGCAGAUUCUAAAAUGAUAAACGAGGGUUAUAAAAUAAUAAAUACGCGAAAUGAGCGUUCUCCUAGCGUUACAUCGAAACUCAGUGAUGGACCGAAAGGACUUUUGAAGGCCCCGCCGCGUCCUCCAGUCCGUACGUCAAGUGUGCGUAGUAGUAACAAACCAUUGUAUAAGAAAAGAAAUCCACUACUUCCGGGUCACAAUCUAUAUUCAGAAUCUGAAAGUGGAUCAGAAGCCGGAGAAAUUCAAAGGAUCCUUCAAAACAACACGCAAAAAGAAGAAGACUGGCAUGGCGAUGGUUCCAGAAUCGAUGGCGGACUGUCUGACGGUGAAGCGAGCCGGGGUCCAACGAGAGGCCGUACAUCCCGUCGGGAAGACCCUCGUCGCCACACCUUGGCAGGGAACCACCUCUAUGUCCAUCCCCACCAUCCAGGCCAGAUUAACUCCAUCGAGAUGGAGCAAAAUGGUGCGGUCCAGCGACCAACGAACAUACCAGAAUACGCUGUCGUUACAAAAUACAGGGAAUCGAAGCACAUACGAAUAUUAGACCCACGGUCAAGAAAGCCACCCUUGCCUCGGGGAUAUCCGCCUCCAACAAACGCCAUGCUGUUCGAUGAUGACCCAGGCAUUAUGUCGGAGGUGGAAACUGCAUCUACGGGGUUCCGUCGUGGCGGAAAACAGAGAUCGUCGCUACCGGUAGUGCGGACACCGAGUAAAACUCUCGAAAGACCUUUGGGACUCGUAUUUCUUCAGUACCGAAACGAAACGAAACGAGCAUUGCUGCCGAACGAAAUAACAUCCAUAGAUACAGUGAAGGCGUUAUUUGUAAGAAGUUUUCCCAAACAACUGACCAUGCAGUACAUGGACAGUCCUAUGGUCAAGAUAUACAUCCAUGAUUCAUCGAAGGACAUGUUUUAUGAAUUAGAAGACGACAGAGCCCAUCUCCAUGACAUCCGAGAUCGAUCCGUGUUACGGCUUUUCGAGGCUACUGACAUCGGUGGCGGGGUCUUUCCUGGCGCUGUGGGCGUCGGCUCCGUGGCCAUGCCUCCAGCGGCCUAUUCUGGGCCCUCCAGUUGGGACCAGGAUCAGAGCUACUUCAGCGAGCCGGAGAUUGAUUCCGAGUACCAUCAUCAACAUGUGCAUAAGUCGAAGGUUAAGGCCCCGGCUUAUUACAUGGGGACUCAAGCUCCAAGCACUCUGCCUCGGGGAGGUUCUAUGCUAAGAGCUUUUUCUCCUGCGGCACCCGUACCCGCCGACCGCGUGAAGAGUCUACCAGGAGGAGGUCACUCUGCUGAAGGGUAUAUGUCAUCGCCCGAGCGUGUCGGAACUAGAGUCCCGUAUGAGGAACCUUACUACACCCAGUUCCUGGGACCGACGACUUCUCGUCCUAUGGCUUCUGCGAUAGACGAAGAAGCCAGCGAUGGAAUGAUAGUGGAGGAUGCAUAUCAAAUGUACGGGGUGAACCCCAUAACAUCUGCGCCCCGGCCUAUGCCGCGUCCACCAUACGAUGCCAGGCUGCCUCAAGACGAUAUGCAGCGGCUUCGCGUCGAGAAGAUGGAGAGGCAACUUGCUAACCUGACGGGACUGGUCCAGAAAGCCCUGCAGGUGCCAGCUACGGCUCCGCCUCCGGUAACCCCGCGUCAAGAGUUCCAGGGGUAUCAAGUUAAUCGUCCAGCAGCACAAGAUGCCGCGAGAUUUGCCAGCAACGAGAGACCUCCUAAAUUAGGGAGAGAUAAAUUUCAAAAAUCCGUGUCGUUUGAGAAAUCGGUGUCGUUUUGCGAUGAUCCGCCAGAUCUCAAUUCUCCCAAACAACACUCGCCUCAGCAUUCAGCCGAUACCAAACCAACAAAACCGGCAAUCAAAUCAUCAACUUUGCCGCGGACAUCCUCUCAAGAACGUGAUCGUCUGAAGCCUGCGCCGCCGCCGAAGCCAGCCGGCCUGGUAGGCCAGCAAAUUGCUAUGGUUCCACAGAGGAACUACUCUAUCAACGUCUCUCCGGACUUCUUCAAUCAACUGCGCAUUCUGCAAAAGCAGAGUCACGAUCUACGUAUUGAGACUCGCAAUUUGCGUCGUACGACUCUGGCUCAGGCCAUGCAAAUGAGGCAACUCAUGGGCGAAACUAUUGUCAAGAUAGGCGCCUUAGCGGCCAGCAUUGCUAGCGGCGAUCAUGAUCCCGAGACACAACUAACUCGCGAAGAAGAAAUUUACAAGCAAGACAUGCUCCUGCUCGAGAAUGAUCUGUACGAACUCGAGGCUACAGUUGAACGUCUUCGCGGUCAAGCUGCUAACAAGGAGACAAGGGUUAACAUGGCAGACAUAGAAAGGAUUGCUAUGGUGCUCUCGAAGAGCAGCAAAACUGUUGCUGAUUGGAAACUCAAGUUCCCGAUCCUGCAGGAGACAAUGAAAGUGAAGUUAGCUGCAGAAAUGGAAAAGGUUGUCAGGAAGGAAAAAAUGCUUGAAGAGGAGCCUGAGCGUCUGGAGUUGGCUUUACGUCGUUGCAAGAAACUCACCGGAACUUUGGUGACCUUGAAAAGGUUGGCCUGUGUACAAGAACAGCGGCUUCCGAUCACUGAUGGACGCAUAUCUCCGGGGUCUUCCCAAAGCUCCACUUUCACAGGUGGCCCAUCAUCUGAGGAAUUUAACUCUGACAGCACUUGCCACGUUGCUCAAACUCACAACAAGCGUAUUCUCGAUAGCAGGAGCAGCUCGAAACCUAGAACUUCUGGAAUGAAUAUGCCUUAAUACCUUGUCUUCCAUUUCCUUAAUCUUCCGACCAAAAUAACUUCCUUUUAAGCGAUUUUAUCACUGUCGCCGAAUACAGUAAUUUAAACAACUUCCUGGUCAACUUUCUUAGAUUUCAUAAUUCAUACUUACUCGUUUCAUUUCCGCUUCCUCUUCUAUUUUGUCCACUACGAAAGAUAUAAGAUUGUGGUUGUCUCUAACAUUUCCCAUUUCAACUUCCCGAUUUGGUGUUCUUUGACUUGAUUUAAAACAAUAUGACUUAACUAAUCCACGCACCCGGAGCACAGGUAAUUCCUUUUCAAAAUUUCUACGCUUUAUCAGUACUGUUAUUAUAAUAUUAAAAUUUACAUAACUCGCACACACUAUAUUGAUCAAAAAGAAAAUUGUCAAUUACAGUAGCUUUAGCAAACCACUUGAGCUUACGACUAGUUUAGUUAUUGACUUGUUGAAUAUUACGUAAUUAAAGUAGAGGGUUUGUUACAAUUAAGUCAUUUAUAUAUCUACACAUUUAAAAAAUUUUUGACUAAUGGCAAAAUCAUCACAAUUGUUAAGACAGAAAUUCUUUUUAAGAUUUAAGUACUUUUAUGCAUUUCAAUCACGGAAUUUAAGUCAUUAUGUUAAAUCUUUCGUAUCACACGCAAUCCGAUAUAUCUACGUACCUAUUGGAUAUAAUGUAUUUCUUAUUGUUUCUUCGCCUGUUCGCCCUCUCAGACUGACCACAAUUUCGGUUCUAUUUACCACAAGUCAUAGGCCGCCCGAAAACCUUUUUAUUUUUUGUCGUGGAAUAAUUAUUUUCAUCAAUUUUAUUUCUUGGAAUGUCAAUCUCUUGUACAGCUGUCACUUUUCGACUAUCUUUAAUUAUUCGGCGACAAGAAAAGGAAGGGAAUCGCCUUUUGUUUCUUUUUAUUCUUUUGAAUGAUUGUGAUCGCAUUAAGACAUAUAGCUCUAUAAAUAAUUGUGAAUAUACUGUGUGUUCUUAAUGGGUCUUCUUAUUUGAAUGAAUGUAUCUGAAUGUUUCUUUGGAAUCUAUGUUUUGAAUUAUUAAAAGCGUGGUUACAAGUGCCUGAUAUUAGUUAAAAAAUUAUAAUUUCGCCGAGGCAUUAUAUUACUUGCAACCGCGCUUUUAUAAUGUCUGUUGGAGAUUGGCGGACACAGCUAGAAGUGCGUGGAAUGGUGCGCAGGCCACCGGCGGGUGCGUCGGGCGAGCUGGAGCACGAGGAGGAGGAGG